GGUGUGAAGAAGAAGAUGCCGUUGGUGCACCGGGGGCCCAAGGCGUGGGUUGUGGCGUUGGCUCGGGAGGCUGCCCGGGAGAGCCUGGGCUAUGAGGCAGUGCCGCUGCAACGCGAGGGCAGGACCCAGCCCUGGCCGUGUAAUGCCAGCUGCACUGUGAUGCGUGUCGGGGCACCUGUGCGUGACAGGACUGGGACAGGAACCCUGUGGCUCCGUGCCAGGGGAAGGCCGCCAGCUCCCUGAGGAGCAGGGAUGUGGUAUGAUUGAUAAGAAGCCAUCAUCAGGUGCUAAGAUGGCCAAGAACUUCCCAAUGACCCAAGGGCCGGUGGAGGUUGAGAGACCUAGAAAGAAAGAACAUGAAUUCAUCAGUCCAUUCAGCAGCUAUUUUGAACGCCUCCUGUGUCCCAGACACUAUUCAAGAAGCUCGGAAUAUCAAUGAACAUGAUAGGCAAGGCCCUCAUAUUCCAGCCUUGACUCAAGGAAAACUGUAGGGUGUGGUUAAGUGGCUAAAGAUUAAGGACAAGAUUGGCCUUUAGGCAUAUGUGGACCCAUGGAUAUGAUCUGUGUGGCAUAUUGGUUUUUCUGGAAACCAUUGUGAAACUGUUCAUAUCUACUUAAAGGAACUCAUUUGAAGUCUGAGUCUUGAGGCAAUAGGCAGAACAGGUAUGCUGGAAGGAAAGUAUGAGUCUUAGGCUGGAGUACAGUGGCAUAAUCAUAACUUAUUGCAGCCUCCAACUCUCAGGCUCAAGUGAUCCUCCUGCCUUAGCUGCCCAAGCAGCUGGAACCACAGGUGAACAAAAAUUGUUUGUUGGCCCCCAGGAUACUAAUUAGACCUUUAGCCUGGCUCACAGGACUUAAGGCUCCAUAUCUGAAGAAGCCUUUUACCAGUCUCAUUUGGGGGAUGGAGACAACAUGUCUUCACCCAAGGACUUUAGAGCAGAGUCUGUAAAAGAUAAUGAGGGAAGUGAUUCUGAAGCAGAAGACCUGAAUUUCAGGGAGACUUUGCCUUCAUCAAGUCGGAAAAACACACCUAGAUCAAAGGUUUCUGACAAUAAGGUUAACUCAGAGAAGGUAAAACUUCCUCUUCAGAAUUUCCCAGAUAAUGAUUAUGAGGAUUUUUCUGAAGCACCUUCAGAAAGUGAUGGAAAUUCUAGCAUGUGGACAGCCAGAGGCCACCUCAGAAGAGACAGGUGGAGCACUGAGGAUGAGGAGGGUGCAGGGCCCUCACAGGCUGCCUCCCCUCUGCUUUCUGAUACACACACAAUUGUUUCUGAAGGGGAACUGGAUCAGUUGGCUCAGAUUCGGCCAUUAAUAUUUAAUUUACAUGAGCAGUCAGCCAUCAAGGAUUGUUUGAAAAUGCUUGAGAAAAAAACAGCAGCAUUUGCUAUCAUGCAGGAGGAGUUUAUGGCUUUAGAACUUAAGAAUCUGCCUGGUGAGUUCAACUCUGGGAAUCAUCCACUCAACAGAGCAAAAAACAGAUACCGAGAUAUUCUUCCAUAUGUUUCUGUUUCUGUAAUAGAUGAUUCAACACGUGUUCCUCUUGGAAAAAACAAGGACUACAUCAAUGCUAGUUAUAUUAGAAUAGUCAAUUGUGGAGAAGAGUAUUUUUAUAUUGCUACUCAAGGACCACUGCUGAGCACCAUAGAUGACUUUUGGCAAAUGGUGUUGGAAAAUAAUUCUAAUGUUAUUGCCAUGGUGACCAGAGAGGUAGAAGAUGGAGUUAUCAAAUGCUACCAUUACUGGCCCAUUUCUCUGAAGAAGCCAUUGGAAUUGAAACACUUCCGUGUAUCCCUGGAAAACUACCAGAUACUUAAGUAUUUCAUCAUUCGAAAGUUUCAAGUUGUGGAGAAGUCUACGGGAACUAGUCACUCUGUAAAACAGUUGCAGUUCACCAAAUGGCCAGACCAUGACACUCCUGCUUCAGCAGAUAGCUUCAUAAAGUAUGUUCGUUAUGCAAGGAAGAGCCACCUGACGGGACCCAUGGUUGUUCACUGCAGUGCUGGCAUAGGCCGGACAGGGGUGUUCCUGUGUGCAGAUGUCGUGUUCUGUGCCAUCGUAAAGAACCAUUCAUUCAACAUCAUGGAUAUAGUGGCCCAAAUGAGAGAACAACGUUCUGGAAUGGUUCAAACGAAGGAGCAGUAUCACUUUUGUUACAGUAUUGUGCUUGAAGUUCUUCGGAAACUUCUGACUUUGGAUUAAGAAAAACUUCUGUUGCCUCUCAUUUGAAAGUACCAAGUGGCAUGGCUUUGAGCCUCCUCAAGAAGAACAUGCUCACACUGUGCUGAAGGGCUUUGCUAUCAUACAAUCUGCUUUCUUGGUUUAUCAAUUUAUGUUCUUUCUAAAAAAAUCCCUGAAGGGCAACAUUGUUUGGCUUGGGGUGAACAGUGUUUACUCAUUGAUCUUGCUAGAUGAUAUAUAAAAAUAUCUUCCCACGUUUUCCAGUGAAACAGAUGUUACAUAAAAUAAUGGCAGCUUGGCUGUUUGGUUGAAGGGAUUACAUAGCCCAAUAAAGGAUUUAAACUGUAUUCAUUAAGAUUUUAUUUGGAAAGGUGGCUGGAGAGAGCUGAGAAUUUCCAAGACUUUAUAAGCCCUUGUUCUGGGAGAACAUAAAGGCCAGUAAACUGCAGGAUCACAUCAUGACCUCUUCCAGGCAUUUUUAAGACAGAUAUCUAUUCAUGUUCUUUAGCUAGAGUCUGUACUUCUAGCUGGCAUUUGAAUAACCCAAUUUAAAAAGAGUCCAGUUAGGGUGGACUAACUUUGGACACAAACUGGCUUCCAUUUCCUACAUUUUCACGCUGCUCCCCUCCUACAGCAGCUAGACCAGGACCUGUUGGUCUGGGAAGCAUUUCAUAGAUGGGCAGAGCUCAUUUUGGUGAACAGUCCAAAACUAAAAUAGUUGUUUAUAUAGAAAGUCCAAGAGGAAAUUUUUGCCAGGCCUGAGUUCUUUCCUAUCCCACCCUAACACUUAACAUAUUACUCAGUCCGCUUUGUUAAAAGCAAGUAUUAUAUUUAACUUGCCUCUUACUCUUUGCCCUUUAGCUAACUAAUAAAGUUUGAUAUAGGCAUUAUUAUAUAAUUCUGAGUCAUUUGGGGUAUCUCUCACGCCUGAUGUAUUUUUCAAACUCAGAUCUAUGGUAGUUUUUUCUCCAGAGUUCCAUUAAAUCAUUUAUUUCCAUUACUAUCUCACCUCUGCUGAAACAUUUAGAAACUAGAUUUGGGAACCAGAUUUUGGAAAACCAGAUUCAUAGUCAUGAAAGUGGAAACUUCCAUAUUCUGUUUUUGAAAAGUGUGUGGCCAUUAUUACAUUAAUUUUCUCAUACAAUGAAUAGUGAUAUUCUGUACAAGGAGUUUUGGUGACCAGUUAUACCUCAUUAUAAGCUAUAAAACAAUUGAUAUGUGUGUUUUACAGUUAACUUUGAAGAUCAGACUGUUCUAUGCAUUGAGAAAAUGUUUACUAUUAAUCUAUAAAUCUUGAAUUUCUAAGAGGCUUGUUUUGUUCUUUUGGCUGAAUGGGUAUAUAUGAAUUGGUUGAAUAAUUGAUAAUUCUCAUUUAAAAAAUAUUAUAUGCCAUAAAUGUAUUUGAUAUGAAAUCAAAUAGAUGAUUCUGUUUACAUUGUUCAUACAAAUAAUAGUCUGUUAAACAUUAAUUUCAUUUUGAUAAUUGGCCUUUAAUAUUUGUAUCUAAUUUUAUUUUCUCUGUUACUGUAAAAUAAUAGAUAUAACGUUUAACAGUUUUCUUGAGAAGGAUUCUGUGCCAUUACUUAAAUAAAAUAUUUACUAUG